AUGUUUGCUGGGCAUGGCCUAGCGCAAGCCGCGCCGAACCAUGGGUCCCAUGGGUUGCAGAGCGCCCCAGGAGUAGCGCCACCGCCUACGUGGCAGGCAGAGUGGCUUCAGAGGUGUCCGCCUCCACGAUUUGAGCCGCAGCGUCGUGCGCCAGACGCUCCGGUGGAUGACACGCAGAGGCGCCUUGCCGACCUGGCCGACUUCGACCAUGCUCUUCUCAGCCUCACGCAGGACUCUGCAGGCAUGCAGGCUUUCGGGCAGCAGCUGGCCCCUCCGAUGCCUGCGCCAGGGCCACCAGGGCCGCCAGGGCCGCCAGGGCAGGGAGGCCUUUGCUCAAGCUUGAUGAGCCCCUGCACGCAAGCCUCCGGCCACUCGAGCCAGAUCGUCGUCCCUCAGGAUCCGGGUGAGCUUCUCCAGGCGGCAGCCCUGCAACAGGCGCAGGCUCUCGCGCGACACCACUUUGGCUGGCCAAAGUUGAAGUCCUUCCAGCGGCGUGCCCUCGAGGCCUGGGCCGUCGGCCGCUCCUGCUUCGUGCUCUCGGGAACCGGGAGUGGCAAGAGCGCUUGCUUUACGCUGCCCGCCCUCAUCGAGCGCCAGUGGCAUGUAAGAAGUGGCGGUGAAGGCUUUGGGCCCGUGUCGCUGGUGGUUUCUCCUCUGGUCUCCCUGAUGCACGACCAGGUGCAGCGCCUUAAACAGGCGGGGGUGCCUGCGCUCGUGUGCUCCCCGCAAGGUGGGGAGAGUUGCUGGGAGAAAGUCGUGUCGGCCGUGCGCAAUGGCGAAGCAGCUCUGAUUUUCAUGUCGCCGGAGCGGGCCGUCAAGGAGGCGGAAAAGCGGACGCUCGGCCAGCUGGGGCGCAUCAGUGUGUUGGCUGUGGAUGAGGCCCAUUGCGUGUCCGAGUGGGGCCACGAUUUCCGCGUGGAGGCUGCCAAUGUACGCGUUGAUGUGAUGCCGGAUUCAGGCACGGAUGCUGAGAUGUCUACCCUGGCACCCUCGUCGGUGACGGACUGUGAGAGUCCCGAGGGCUCCGAUACGAGGAGAGACCCCAGCCUAUCGAGGAACCCGACAAGAGGACGGUUUCGACUUUUCGUUGCCAUACUCUUGCUCGCCACUCUCUUUGUGGCUGCGAAGCUGUCAGGUGCAACCAAGUUGUUACGCCGUGAGCAGAUUCUUCGCGUUAUGGACGAUGCGGGUCCUUUAGGCUGGAUGGCGUAUGUCGUUCUUUUCUCCUUCGGGGAGCUCUUACACAUCCCUGGCAUCGUCUUUGUUAUGGCUGCGGUCUUCUCUUAUGGCCGGGUGAUGGGGGCCCUUCUGGCCUACUUGGGGAGCAUCGCGAGCGUCUCAGCCGGAUUUUGGGUCACGCGUGCUUUGAGCGGCGGCGCAACUUUGGACACGCUGAAAAUCAGGUGGGUGGAUCGUGUUCUCAUGCGCUUGGAGUUUGCUCCCAUGCGCACCGUCGCGAUGCUCCGUUUGUGUUUCUAUCUGGCGCCAAGUUUCAAUCAAGCCAUGGCACUUACCAAUGCGCCCUGGCCUGCUUUGGGGGUUUUGAGGGGACUUAUGCUUUGGCGCAGAUUCUGUUUCGGAUGUUAUGGUUUGGGGAAGGGGAGGGGGGUGUUCGGAUCUAGAAUCGUUUGA